AUGACGCAAGUUUUUGGAGGCGAGAUACGUUGUUCCGAAGUUGAAGGUGCAAGGUUGGAAGGCGGUGCUGUUUGGAGUCCGGCUGUCAUCUUUGGAUCGGAGGACACGACACUUUUAGUCGCAUCCAGUGCUGUGCUCGGUGCACAGUGGCAGUGGCUCCUCUUGCUGCUGGCUGCUGUUCGGUUUAGCAGUAGUGCUGAGGACAGUUUCGAGUGGCUUUCGAAUCUAUCCGGGCUGUUUACGGUGGCCUCAACAGCGUGUUUGACUGCUGCCCGGAAAAGUAGCGCUUGGCAGCCCCAAGUGUUAAGAAGGCUGAAAAUUAUGUGGAAUUUGUCGCUCCCGUUUAGGAUUCAAAUCUUCGUGUGGAGAUUCUUUACAUCAAGGAUCCCUACUAUUGAUGCUUUGAUCUAUAGAGGAGUGGAAAAUAUCUCUUGUCCGUCGUGUGUUUUUUGUGGGAACGAACCGAAGUCGUUGUAUCAUACUUUCUUUUCUUGCAAUGUUUCCUUGAAGGUGUGGGAGAAGAUCUAUGGGUGGUUAGGGGAAGAUGUUCUUUUUUCCUUUGAAGAGUUCUUAGAGUUUGACGCUAUCCAGGAGAAGAUGAAGGGGGUUGCCGUUAAGGUGAAGAUUAAUUCGAUUUGGAUGGCUUUGAUUUGGAGCGUUUGGAUUAUGCGUAAUUCCAUUGUUUUCGAUCAAGCAUCCUUAUGUUUUUUUCAUGGAGUUGGCUAG